GGCUGCGUGCUGUGCAUUCUCAACAUGCACAAGAGGGUGGACAACUAAAUUCCAAAGCAUUCGGGUGAAGUGGGAGGGGGGGGAAUUUUUUUUAUUUUGGACUCAAAUUCAGUUUUUUGUCUCUUACUUGGAAUCAUGUCAGAGAGCAUCGUGAGGAAAAUUCAACCUUUCACAAUCGGGACUAAACUCUCCGCGCCAGCUGUGCCAAAGUGCUCAGGCUUCACAGAUGCUUAUUUGUCCGGUCGGACUUCUUUCUCGGAUGACUGCAAACUUCAGCGCCGACUGAACGAGCAGGUGUCUCUUUAUCUCGGACGCUCUCAGGUGUUUGAUAGACGCUGUGGACCUGCCGAGCAUCACCAGGAGGAGAUGUCUGAUGAAGACCACAGAGUCUCUCCGAACACCGUGUCCAGAUCUAUCCGUAAGAUCACCAUCUCUAGCAGCAUGGAGGCCAGAUCGAAACCAGAGAUGCAACUGAAGAUUAACCCGAACAUAGAGAAUAAUAACAACAACAAUAACAUCGCAACCUCCAAAACAGCACUGCCUAAAAUAGUCGGAGUCAGCUAUGAGAAUAAACCUAACUCACAUUUGAAGGUGUUGCUUUGUAAAGAUGCAGAAAAGCAGCGCAUUCGUGACCGUGAGAAGUUCUCCAGCUUUCCACAGACCCAGUUACUCAAAACCCAAACACGACAGGACGCGCUGAAGACAGGCAGUCCAUCAUAUGAGCAUGAAGACGUGUGUUUGGUUUCAAAGGUCUCAGCAGAGGAGAUUGAUCACAGCUUAACUCAACCGAGCGUCCUCUUUGACAGAGAGAUCACUCAGGCUGAAACAUGGAUCAGAGGACGAUUACGAGACCUGAGAGACAGCGGUAAUGUCCAGAGAUGUCUUCUGAAGGACUGGGACGAAGCACAUCAAACCCUCCAGAGAGAUUUAAAAGACUUUGAGAACACACUCAUACGGCUUAACCAGAUGGGCGAGCCAUUGAUGUGCAAGGUUAACCCGACCUCCGACUUGGUUAAGAAGAGACUGGCUCAUCUCCACGACCAGUGGAGCGCGCUCAAGCAGACAACUGCCAAUCAAAUCAAGGCGAUGGGCGGAGCUAAGAGUCUGCAGGAGUUUAAUAUGAAGGUGGACCGUCUGGAAGCUUGGAUCAAAGAGAAGGAAGAGGAACAAUCGUUGGCUAACAUCCUUGGGGAAAACAUUGACAAGAUGCAGCUUACCAGGAAGAUCUUAGAUUUGAAACAGGAUGAACAGCUGUAUCGUAAUCUACAUGAGGAGAUCAAUCACAUGGCCCUCAGGCUUGAAAAACAGGGGAAGACGGACGCAAAGACCAUCUCGACCCGAAGAAAACACAUCAACAAAAUGUGGCUGAAAGCUCAGUCCCACUUGAAGGACUAUCAUGCGAAUCUUCAGCUGGCUCUUGAAGUUUCCUCCUUCUACCAGCAGGCCGAUAACGUUAUCUGUUCCAUCAACACCAUGAGUAAAAGCCUCUCCCGAAGCAAUGGUCCGGAAAACAGCCGAGCCGGCGAGAUUCGGGACAUUGCCAGCCAAAUCAUGAUGCUGGAUGUAACCGUGUCUCAGCUCUCAAACUUACACCCGGCGCUGGCGGCCAGGGUCACACAGAAGCAGAGCGAGAUGAAAGAGUGCUGGGCCGUCCUCCAGAAGACUGUCAGGAAUGAAAAGGCGACUCAGUUGGCCUCAAACUCCUCAUUAACCAGGGAAGGCAGUGACCCCCAAACCCCAAGCCAAGAGUCGCCCGGCAGCGUGGGAACAGACCCAGGCCGAAUUAUGGGAAAAGAAGUAAAAGAAGAACACAAUCGCCUGAAGGGGUUUACGGGUAGGAAAGACGUGGAGCGCUGCAGAAAGCCUUCGGAUAGCCAAGAUGACCAACAACAGACUGCAGAUGAGCACUCGCCUCGUACAUGUGCCAGCGAUAUUAUCGUCAGAUUUCAGACAUCCACUGAGAGCAGAAACGCGGUGAGGUCUGAAUCCCGAGGCCACCCACUUCUCCAAACACAGCUCCAGAAGUUCACAGUGUCUGCAGACAAGACUCUCUCCUGGCUUAAAGACAGCAUAGCUAUGGCCACUCAAAUCUGCAACUUGUCUGGUCCAAGUGGUUUCGAAGCAGCCAAGAGGCGUCAGGCGUCACUCGACCAGGACAUCCAGUCCAACAGAGCCAGAAUAGAACUGGUCAAAAGGGAGGGUCACAGUCUGGUGAAAGCUCAACAUCUAGGCAGUACAAAGAUCCAGGAGUUUCUGAAUGAACUGGAGGUACUGUGGGACGAACUAAAGAGAAGACAUGAGAGAAACGGACUGGUUCUGCAGGUCUCGGAGGAGCUCAACUGCAAGGUGGUACGUGUUCUUCAGUCUUUGUGUAGUCUGGAGGCGUGGUUGGAGGCUGUGGAGUUGUCCAUCAGGCAGGCGUCAUUGGCAGGAGACCCCGAGUCUGUGAGCGUGGCUGAGCAAGAGAGCUUUCAGCUGGAGGAGGAGCUGGAGGCCAGAGGUUUGGAGCUGCACAACCUCAGACAGGAGGUUGAUCAUCUGAGCAGUCAAAAACAUCUUCACACACAACUACUCCCCGCACGGCUGAAAGAGGUGGAGAGAAAAUUCAGCAGUGUGCAGACUGCACUAACCCAACAGAGCUCAAAACUGAAGGACACACGCAUGCUCACAGAGUUUCUAGAGAAAGUGGAACUGGAAGAAAGCCAAUACAGCACACUUGGACAGCCCCUGUGUAGUGAUCUUGAUCCUGGAUCCUCUCCUCUGGGUUUGCCGGUGAAUGCGCAUGAGCGACCCUUGAUCGAAACCAUCGGAAACCCUGUGGAGGAACUCAGAGAAGCUGUGGAGAUGCUCAACGACACGGCACGGGAGAGAGGUCGCUCGCAGUCACAUGACCAGAGUAUCCAUGAACUCCUCUGUAGGUAUUCCACGUUUUCAGCUCGUGUUGAGCAAUGUCUUCAGCGCUGUGCAGAACUGUCUGUCGAUGUACUAGAGAUGGAGAGUGAGAUGGCUGUCAGAUGUGAGCCGGAUCGCUGUGGUCUCGAUAGUCUGCAGGAGUACCAGGACCAGCUGGAGGCUGAAUAUGAGAUCUUGAGGGAGCAGGUUGAGGUUUUGGAGAGCCAGGCUACUCAUCUGACAGAUGUUUGCCCGGAGAGAAUGAACGCUGCGGGAACUGAGAUCCAGUCCAGUUUGCAGGUCUGGGAUGAACUCGGCAAGAGCGUGGCAGAAAACAGAAAGAGACUUCUGCAGUUUGAACAUCUGCGCAAGUUCUUCAGGAACUACCUGGCCAUGAUCUCUUGGACAGAAGACACUCGCUCCUGUAUUUUCUCAGAGAGCGCUCGGCGGCAGAGCCGAGAGAACCGGGAGCCCCUGGUGGAGGUUUUGGAUCGGCAGAUCGAACAGAAGUUUGAAGAGUUUGAUCAGCUCGUCGUGGCUGGAAAGAAGCUGUUUGAUGAAGAGCAUCAUCUUAACAAAAUGAUCGGUGAGAGGAUGGAGGAGCUGAGGAGCAUGCUGGGAUGGAUUUUGGUCCACUGGAGGGCUCAGAAGGAUCAGCUGUUAACCAGAAAGAAAGCCGAAGAAGCCCAGACAGAUGCCAUAUAUUCAGAGCUCGAAACAUCACCUGAGCACUCUCAGAAGAGACUCGAGCACAUGACAUGUGCGCCCCCUGCUGAACUGGAGGACAAAUCACAGCCCAGUGAUGGAUAUGAAGUAAUGAAAAGUGUCAGAGGAAGUGAUGUCAUCAGUAACUCAGAGAGGCCCGAUUCACCCUAUCUGCUGCUGAAGGGAUCUAGUCCUCCGGCUUUAGGGGGCACUGUUAACCUGAUCCUCAGCUUCACUAACUCUGGAGACCCCCAUCUACAGGUACAGACACCUGGCAGUGAGGGGGCCGCGAUGGAGCCCGAACCUGUGCACAGGCCUGCUGAGUCUCACUCUUCUCCCUGUAAAAGCUUUUGGAAACGCUGCCAGGGGCUUUUUGGUAGUUUAAAGCGAAAGAAAAAGAUUUAUGGACACAAUGCAGAAGAGGUAAGUACCUACUUGCAUGUUACAGACAACAACAAGGCAGUAGCUCCAGUAUAUGAGAUUAUGACGCUGCCCAGAGACAAAGCCCCGAAGCCUUCCUCCUCCUCUUCCCCUUGUACCACCCCAUACUCCUUGUCCUCCAAUGAAGACACCCUUAAGUGUGCAAACAACUCCUCUAUUCACCUGCUGCCGAAGAACGGCAACAUCUCAAUCUUCAGUAGCUUAAAAAGAAAGAGCAAGAAGAGGAAGAAGAAAGACGAUCGCCGGCACACCAUUCAAAAGAUCAUGGGAGAGGAACCAUCGGAGGAGGCCGGUAUCAUGCCUGUUUAUGAACCAAUGGUGUACGACACACACACUUGGCCUCUGAAGGAAAGAAAGAAGCGGAAAAACGCAAGGAAACCAAACAGUGACGUGGUCCAAGUCUUUGACUACAUGAAGAAUCCUUUGGUGAAAGACAUUGAUGCAGAGUCUUCUAGAGAGCCUGGAUCACCACUUCACUCCACAAUAGAUGAAGAUCUCAAAGUUAGUACUCAAGGACAUGUAAAGAACCAUUGCAGAUUCCUCUCCUUAGGCUCGGUUUUGAGCUUUGACCUUCCCAAGGAUAUGAGCCUCAUCCCUAGCAUUCAAGAUGUCAUCACAAUUGGUCCUGCUGAACCCAAAAAGACAGAUGAGUCUCUGUCAGACCGGCCCACAGCUCUGAGCACCUUUAAAACAGUCCGUUCACCCCCAACACGUAAAGAUGAACCCAACCGCACUACUACAGGUGAAAUAACUCUCAUAAUUGACUCGAAAGAUGCUAAAAACAUCAUGGACAUUGUGCUUUCUGAAGAUGAAUUUCCUCCUCCACCUUCUCCGGUCAUUGAAGACAUUUCUUUUGAGGGGAAUCAAACCUCACUGUCCACUGAUCUGACCGAUAUCCAGCCAAAAUGCCUUUCUAGGAUCAGUAUAAAUGAGCAUUUUAAUUGGGAUCCAAAUGCAACUCAUCUUAACGAUAAAGAAGACCACAAUGUUAGUCCUUCAAGAGAGGCAGGACAAGAAAGAUUAACUACGGCAGAGAUUCAAGUGUCUCCCAGUGGCAACACUUCAGUUCACAGUCUUAAUGGACGUGUGUUUCACAUACCGACCAAGACCGACGGUUCUCAACCGUCAAGAGAGAGUCCCAUCCCACCUCAAGCCCAUACAUCUCACGUAGUGCUGACCUUCAAGACUAAUGGAAGGGAAGAUUCGGUGGACUCUGGGCACUCCAGCUCUGGAAGCUUCAAGUUUUGCGCUGAGGGUUCAUACACGGAUACCUCGGACUGUCAGGUGUCUAAGAGGACGAUGGUGAAGGUGCCAUCCAUAGAGGCAGGUGUCUCCAACAAGGACAAGAGAUGUGAUCCGGUCCAUCCUGACCACCAACAGUUUGAGCAAGAAGAAGAGGAGCUUGAGGACAUCUGGAAUAACACUAACAGCUACCGUCAAAGCGUUUGUUCUGAUAUCAUGUACAACGGCUACCAGGCUUUACCUGCCAUCUCCUCUCCAGACCAACAAAAGGAACCUUCAUCCAAAGAGCAAGCAGUACUAUUUAGAAAACUGGUCACUGCCUCUGCGCCCAAUCUUCUUGUGGCGGAGUUCAGAUUGCCAUCCUCUAACCCAGACGCGGUGGGUUGUGGUAUGCAGCAAGUCUCAAAGGAAGCUAUUUGCAUUCUGGGUAAACGGGAGAGGAGGUCAUGGGCUGCAUUUACUCAACAAGAACAGGUUUACAGACAGGUGGCCAUCAAUGAAACAGCCUCAGAUCAUGUGAAACUACCCGAAAUGGAGGACCAGCAAAAGUAUAUUUAUCAUUAUAAGGAGGAGGAGGAGGAAGAGGAGGAGACAGGGUUUCCAAAGGAGCAGCUCAUGAGUCGUCUGUCUGUUGAUAUGGGAUUAGAGAGACCUGCAAAUGACUCCGAUAUUCAGAACGGGAGGCAGGAACUGCCAUCUAUGGAGGGAACACUAGAGAGAAAACAGAAACUGCAACUGGGAGGAAAAAGAGCAUCAUGCAGAGGAUGGAGCUCUUAUCAUACUGUACUUUACAAACAAACAAUGUGUUUCUAUCAGGACAGAAAAGAUACACUCAAGAGUUGUCUGACCAGUCUCCCUUUAAAUCUGAUUGGAGCUGUAUGUGAGCCCUCACCAGAGUACACCAAAAAACCCAACUGUUUCUGUUUGAGAUUGCGUGAUGGAUCCGAGUAUCUCCUUAGUGCUUCAUCAAGAUUCAUGAUGAGAAAAUGGAUCCUUGCAAUCCAAGAACACACUGCAUCUAAUGAAUCUGAAGUGAAUACAUCAGCGUGUCACAGACCUUCAGCAGACGCUGGACUGCGCAGAUGUUCAAUCAGCUGUCAAUGUACAGAUGAAUGUCACUGCUCUAUGAGGAAUUAUAUCACAUCUGCUGUACUAACACAAAGUCAUCCAACCUCAGACAGAAGCAAAGAAAUCAUCAUCCACACCGGUGAAGAUCUGCAGGUCCAUCAGAAACAUCAGGACCUGUUGAGUAGAUCAACUUCACAUGCAGGUCAUUGUGAGGAUAAGUUUGGACAAAAUCUUCACCAGCAGAAUCUCAGUGAUGUUUCUUCAUCAUCCAUCAUUCAGGGCUGGACCGGUGAAAAGAGACGCUCUCACUCAUUUACCUCCGCCACAUACCAGAGAAUAAAGCCCGUGUUGGUGCCACCUACAGGACGAGACCAGGACAGCAACUCCAGCUAUUCUGUGACUCUGUUCAUCGGAGAUCGAGAGACGGCGUCAGCGCAUAAAAGCCUUGCGAUAGCUGAGCCAAUUGGCACCGGACAAGAUUCCUCCUCUGAACUUCCUCUGCGAAGUUACAUGAGCCUUCCGCGAGCACGUAACAAAUCCGUCUUCAGGAAGUUCUUCGGGAUAAAGGAGUGACUAAAGCUUUAUUCGGCUCGCUGUAGGCCGAAACAAACUCUUGACUGUCAUGUGCAGGACACACAAGAUAAAGCUUCUUGAAAAGGCUUUUUCUUACAUAUAUUUAUGGAUCAAAUGGCGAGAACCAUUAUUUGUUUUGUUUUUUAAUGAGAUUUUGUAUUUUCGCGUGUUGCUUUUUCCCAGUCCAUGCGCCUGUAAAGUAAUAAAGUAACAAUAUAAUUUCUGUCAUGGUUUACCCAUAAAAUGUCACAGAAGUAGCUCAUGUUUGGUGUGUUAUGAAAAUAAACCCAGAUUUAAGUGAUUUACUAACCUGA